AUGAAGAUUUUUGUGAAGACUUUGAAAGGCAGUACUUUUGACGUCGAAGUUAAACCUGAAGACAAGGUUGCUGAUGUUAAAAAGAAAAUAGAAACAGCUCAAGGUUCAGCUGUUUAUCCUGCUGAACAGCAAAUGCUUAUUCAUCAGGGGAAAGUUCUUAAAGAUGACACCACUUUGGAUGAAAAUAAAGUUGCUGAAAAUAGUUUUGUUGUUAUCAUGUUAUCGAAGACAAAGAGCUCAUCCGGUGAGAGUUCAACUGCAUCAACUGCUCCGACCCCUAAGGCACCUACAACAAGUGCCUUGGCAGCAACAGCUCCUCAAGCUCCCACAGUGGCUGCUGCACCGCCAACAUCUUCUCCUUCCCCUACUCCUGCUCCGGCUCCGGCUCCAACUCCGGCUCCUGUUCCGGCUCCUUCAUAUAAUGUGGCGUCAGAGUCUGAUGUAUAUGGCCAAGCUGCAUCUACUCUUGUUGCGGGAAAUAACUUGGAGGGAGCAGUCCAGCAAAUUCUUGAUAUGGGUGGAGGUACUUGGGAUAGAGACACUGUUGUUCGUGCUCUUCGCGCUGCUUACAAUAAUCCAGAGAGAGCUGUUGAAUAUUUAUAUACUGGUAUCCCAGAACAAGCAGAAGCUCCUCCCGUGGCUCCAGUCCCUGUAAGCGGGCAAGCUCCUGCAGCCCAGCCUCAGCAGCCGUCAACACAACCAGCUGCAGUUCCUUCUGGUGGACCAAAUGCAAAUCCUUUAGAUCUCUUCCCGCAGGGCCUUCCCAACGUGGGUUCAGGGGCUGCUGGAGCAGGAACUCUUGAUUUUUUGAGGAACAGCCAACAGUUCCAAGCCUUGCGAGCUAUGGUGCAGGCUAACCCACAGAUACUGCAGCCUAUGCUUCAAGAACUGGGAAAACAAAAUCCUCACUUAAUGAGGCUUAUUCAAGAGCACCAGGAUGAUUUUCUCCGCCUGAUCAAUGAACCUGUUGAAGGUGGAGAGGGGAAUGUAUUGGGGCAGCUUGCUUCAGCUAUGCCACAAGCAGUAACAGUCACGCCCGAGGAGCGCGAAGCAAUAGAACGUCUUGUUUUGCCAUCCUUCCACUCAUUUCAGCUUGAAGCUAUGGGUUUUGAUCGUGCACUUGUAUUGGAGGUAUUCUUUGCCUGCAACAAGAAUGAGGAGCUGGCUGCCAACUACCUCUUAGAUCACAUGCAUGAGUUUGAGGAUUGA